UGCAUGCUUCUAGUUAAUCUUCACCUCACAUCGGCUACGUGACACAAUCAGCACUCAAAGGUCAGAUGAGAAAAAGAAAGCACUCAGUCAGUCUCAUUGAAAAGCACAGUACUGGAAGAGAAACCAUAGAAAGGAUCACUACCAUGGUUGCCGUUACGGAGUUUCAGAAGAUUGGAAUUGGCCUGGUGGGAUUUGCUUUGUUUUUUCUGCUCUUUGGUGUAUUGCUCUACUUUGAUUCUGUUUUGCUGGCCUUUGGGAACAUUCUGUUUUUGACAGGUUUAACGUUCAUCAUAGGCUUCAAGAGGACCUUUCACUUCUUCUUCCAAAGACACAAGUUCCGAGGCUCCUUCUUCUUCCUGGGAGGUGUGUCGCUAGUGCUGUGCCGUUGGCCCAUCAUCGGUAUGCUCGUGGAGGGAUACGGCUUCGUCCUUUUGUUCAGGUCUUUCUUUCCAAUGGCCUUGGCAUUUGUGCUGUCAGUGGUCAACAUCCCAUUCCUCAAUGCUUUUUUGCAGAGUGGUUCCAGCAUGGUCUAAGAGAACAUUUCACUCCAACACUGAAGGAUGGUUCAAACGUUGUUCAGAUACUGGAGGAGAGACUCUCAACCAUUUCAUUCUUACCACAGUAUUAAAAAAUGACUGAGUGUAUUUACUCCAUGUGAACUACUACGUGCAGUACAUGGUGUAACGCUUAGACCUCGGUGUGUAUUUCAGACUUUUUGAUUUAUGGCUAUAUUACAUUUGUUGUACAUUGGAUAUACGAUUCAUCAAACCCUUUUUUGUUGCAUGACUUAUCCAGUGGCUCUUAAUGUGUUCAAAAAAUCAACUGCAGUAACAUGACAUCCAAUGGUUUGUGAAUGUCUUGGAGACAACGGUGCCAAAAUAUUUUGUUUGCAUUUAAAAUUGGAUUUCAUUACCGCAGCCGACUGUGGUUUUGCAUUUGUCUUUGCCGCUGGACUUUGAUUGGCUUUGAUGAUAGGAAUAUGCGUAUCCUUCUCAUGAUCUGAAAAUGAGCUCAUCGUUUCUGGGCAGCCAUCCUCAUCCUGCUACCGGGGAAGGAACGCACAAAUGGUUAGCCCGUGCGAAAGAAUAAUAAUUGACAUUCAAAGAAGGCUGAACAGCAAACCAACAUUCAAUGCAAGAACUCAUUUUGCGCACAUUUGUGCAAAAUUAAACGUACUUAAGAUUUCCAUUCGACAUGACCAUAUGCUUUCCUGAUUGUCACUUAAAUCCCCAAAUGAAUCAUCAUAAAUCCUCAUACAACAGGUUGUAUGCACGUACGCACGUGUGUACGUGUGUGGUUGUUUUCAGGGUUUUUGUACUAUGAACUUUUUUGUAGCUCUUCGUAGAGUAAUUAAACAAACGUCAAGGAAUCAUUUUUAAAAACA